AUGCCAUCCCCAUUGUCUCCAUCUUACCCCCUCCCCCCUCUCUACCGACGUCAUUCAAGAAUUGCAAUUACGUGGGACUGGUACCCUGGUCCAUUCUUCCUUUACAACAACCCUAGUCCACUAGGGUUUUCCUUUACAAUCAACUCAACAGACCACAGACGGCAGAUUUCUCAACUCCCUAGGGUUUACACGCUGCAGAGAAAACUCGAUCUUCACUUCAGACAAAAGAUGUCGAUCGGAGAGCUUGGUUGCACUUACGCCUCUUUGAUUCUUUGCGACGAUAACAUUCCUGUCACGGCUGAAAAGAUCAGUACCCUUUUGAAGGCAGCUAAUGUCCAUGCUGAAUCCUACUGGCCAGCUUUGUUUGCUAAGCUUGCAGAGAAGCAAAAUAUUUUGGACCUCAUUUCAAAUGUUGGUGCUGGUGGCGGCGGCAGUGGUGGUGCUGCACCAGCGGUAGCUGCUCCUGCUGCUGGAGGUGCAGCUGCUGCUGCUCCUGCUGCAGAAGAAAAGAAGGAAGAGCCAAAGGAAGAGAGUGAUGAUGAUAUGGGAUUCAGCUUGUUUGAUUAGAACUUUUUCAUUAUUAUGCUUUAGUUAAAAGAGAAAACUUAUCUGUUUUAUUGUGGUGUUUUAGCCUGUUUUACUGGGUACUCGUUAAGAAUUUUGUCCAAUUUUUUCUUUUAUCAUCUGUCUUCAGAGAUGAAAUCUUUUGUAGGUUUUUUCUUUGAAUUUUAUAUCUUGAAUUUAGCUCUGGUUUGUUUGAAAUAGAU